AGAACUUCCGCGCUACGCGUCCGCGAGUAUUCGUGCGUACACGCGCCGCAUUUAUGGUUUGAACCGCCGAAACGACGUCGACACAGUGCGCAUCAGCAAUACCGCCGUGAUGGCAUCGGGUGAGCAAAACGUUCAAUAAUCAUUGUUGUAAUAUAUUACAAUAUAAUAUUAAUUGACGGUGGCGGACACGACGGUUGCACGUUCGGUCGUUCAACACGGGUAUAAAUCCGUAGUAAACCGUCAUUACUGCAGGUAUUGAUGUAUACUGCACACAUUGGAUAUCCUACGAAUUAACAGUGCUUGAAAUGCAGGGGAAGGGGAUCCGAACUAUCCUCUACUACUUUUUUGUUAUUAUUUUUUCUUUCUUUUUAAGCGCUCCUAUUAUAAUUAUUUCUAUUGGAACCCGGCGAUAGUGCGACAAAAAUCACGUCAUGUCAUCGACUCGGAUAAAUUGUAACUUUUUUUUUUUGAUUCUGGAACGUACAAUGAGAAAUGUUUUUGGUUUUUUCACCAAGUUUUUUUACACAAGUGCAGUUAAUGGUGCAGGGCACCCUAUCGUGUAUAUCAGGUAUACCUGCACAUAAAGUUACGCACGGUUUUGAAAAUCAAAACGCCUCAAACGAUAUUUUAUAAGUGAUUGUUAAAGUCACCAAUAAAUAAUAACAAUACGCAUUCUAUUUAAAGAGCUAUCCUAUUUUUUUUAAAAAAAAUUCCUAAUUAGAAACUUAAAAUGCGAAAAAUUGUAGUGAAUAUAAUGCUUGUAAAAACACUAUUAGAGACAUCCUCGCGAGAGGAGGGUCAUACCCCCUCUACCGCCAACAUCCCGUUUUUUUUUUUUUGUUUUUUUUUUUGGUUUUUAUGGCUUUCCAUAGUAACAGCUUCCUGCACGGUCAUCUAACCUACUAAAUAUUCAUACUUUCCAUUCAACAAAUCUGAAAAUACCACAGGGUUAGAGAUAGAGGGGGGCUAUAAUAUGCCCUUCCAAACCUGGAAAUCUAAACUACCGAAUCGGCCAUUCAACAAUAGUUAAAUUUUAAAGUUGACAAAAUCAAUUAUUUGUUCGUAUUUUCUUACGUUAUAUUACAAAUAUAACCGUAAAAUGUUUUAUUUAUCAAAAGAUUAAAAAAAUGGGUAAAAACAUUUUUGGAUGUCAGUGAAUUUAAUAUUUGAGUUUGGACAAUUGUUAAUCAUAUCACUACGUCAAUCUUUGUCAGUUUCAUGUGUGACACCUAGCUAUUAUAAAACACACAAAACUAACAUUUUAAAAAUGUACAGUCAUUUAAAAUUGUUGAAAUAGUUUCUUACUUUUAACGAUGUGUUGAGCAUUAAAUUUUGAAUAACGGAAAAAAACGCAUCGUGUUGUCUUCCGUAAUAUUGUUCUCUUAUAAUUUUACAAUAAAUGCUUUUACUCUAAAACCAAAAUUAAGCGAGUUCUACUUAAUCUGCGUAAGCAUGUUUUGGCUAUUUUUACCGAUAAUAAUUAUACUGAGACAGUAAAAUAUGUGGAUGUGACGUCCUCUUAACAGCCGUACUCCUAAAUAUAGUUUACCGGUUAUUUUCGAAUUUAUAUAUACAUAGGAGUAUCAGUAUAUUAUAUUAACUAUCCCGUACGACGGCUUUACCUGUGCAUAGUAUCACACACAAAUUAACAAACAAUAAAAAAGUUUCUCCCCGUGUUCUCCUAAUAAUAAAUACUGUUUGCAUUUAUUUCCUUCGGAUCACUACAUAGUUGAACGCCUUCACGGCUCCACCCCUAACGCAGUUGACCCACAUACCGCGCUGACCGAAAUUAAAUGCUUAUGGUAACCCCUACUCUCACCAUCAUCCUCUCUCAACCAUCAAAUCCAACACUUCUUUUUCGGAAGUCAUUUCACCCCAACUCUCUACUGUCUCUAAAUCAUAACCCAUUUGCUUGCAUGCAAAGUUGGAAGUUGAAUGUGUUAAAAGACAUUUUUGCCAUCCACUAUCAUACGAUCACCGCUUAGUACCAAAUUGCAAAAACUCUAGAUAUACCUUUAACCACCAUAACGGAUGGCGGUGAGUAGUUGUGGCGAAAAGUGAAUAAUCACGAACACAAAUUAUUUGACUUCUAUUAGGUCUAUCUGUUGCUAUUCCACCCGUGUCAAUUUAAUUUCCAGGAUUUUUAAUAAUCCUUUUAAAACAGAAUCAAUUAAUCAAAUUCAUUUUAACGAGGAUUUUGAUAUUUUUUUUAAAUUUUAGAUUCUGACAAAGCGAAAAAUAUGUGUAGAUAUUGCUCCGAUUUUCAAAUAUAGUAUCUUUUCUGAAAGGAAAUUUGUCUGGGGUAAUACUUUAAAUAAGCCAUUUUUUGAUUUGCACAGGAGUUUUCAUAAUAAAUAGGAAAAAACGGGAAAAUUUACGAAAAUAAUACUUUUAUUAUUUUUAAUUUGUUUUUUUUUUUUUUUUGCUGUAAUUCUCUCAAAAAUAUCCAUAGAGACUUGAGAUUUAAAUAUAAACCUUAUAUUUUUUUUUAUAAAUAUGGAAAUAUUUUCAAAAUAUUUUAGCCAUUUUUGAGCUAUUUAUAGAUAUUUUAAUUAAGCGAGUUGUUCCCACCCAUCGUGCGAAGUAUAGUUGUCUUUUAUUAUUAUUAAUUUUUUUUUUUCAUUAAAUCAAAAUUAACUCAAUACCAACAAUAGCAAACAAUUCUAAAUUCAUAAAAUAUGUAAACCAUAAAUAGUGGCCAAACCUAUCAUAAGGAAACUUGUUCCCGUAAUAUAAACAGUAUGCUUCUAGGCAAGGUAUUCUAAACUUAUAAAGUAAUGUUGAUUUUUUGUGAGACGUUUUGUCAUAAUAAAGAGUUGGUAUAUGCUAGGUAAGACACCUCUUCAAAAGAAAGCGACAGAAUGAAUUGGCAUAUAGGGUUUCCUAGUGGCACAAUUAAGGGGCUAGGGAGGCUUAUCCCCCUUGAUAAUCUGAAUACUCUAAAUGCAGAAAUAGAUCCCCGACAAUCACAUUAACUUAAUAUUUUAGUGGAGUUCGAGCCUCUCCAAUUGCAUCAUUGGGGUUGCCUCGGGCCCCAGUGAUGGCUCUAGCGUAGGUAUGAGCAAUACGUUUUUGAUGUUAAAAUAUUCAAUGAUGUGUAAUUUUGAUAAGUAAAUUGAUUUAAAAAAAUAUGUCUAUUAUACAAAAUAAGUAUGGGAAAAAUAUUCUGCUGGUGGAACUUUGUACGCAGGUGUUUAGUGUACUCCAUCACAAUACUGCAGCCGUAUUACUUAUGUAAAGUACUCUUUCACAGAAAAUUGAUAAUCAUUCUAAGUAAUUAUUAAUUAUAUUGGCAUAAUGGUUUAUUUAUGAAAAGUGUAUAGAUUUCCAUCUUUCCCAAAUAUAAUAUCAUUAAUAAAUAGAACACGGAUUUAUAUGCACUAAAAACCAACCAAAUAUGCGCUAAAAAUCAUAAAUAAAUGCACUCAAAUGUUAAAAUAAGCAUGAAAAAUAAAAAAUAUGCAUAAAAAAAAUGUUUUUUUUUGAACAUUUAAUUAAAACAUUCAAUUUAAAAUUAUAGAAACCCUACUAUACAUACUUUUCUUCAUUUUCAUUAUUUUGUAAGUGGUUUUCAUGUAUAAGACUCUCGAUACCGACGUUUUAUCUUCCGGUAUUUUGAUAAAAAUAAAGUAAUAAAAACUUGAAUUACAACAGAAAGCACACACGAACGUACGGUAAAUAUUUGAACGCACUGAAAUAAUUUAAAUGGUCAAUGGUCGUAAUCGAUAUUUUCUUAUCUUUGUGUACGUAUUUUAUUUCACUGAUUUUCACUUGAUCUAAGGUCAUAUUUGGCAAAACCGUUUAUACCUACACUUAUACCUAUUAAUUUAUAUAAAAAUAUAAAAAAUAUAUAAAACUAUAAAAAUAUAAUAUUUUUUUCUUAUAUUACAAUAGUAUAUAUUUCUAAAACGUCUAAAAAAAAAAAUCGAAAUAUGCCCUAAAAGAUGAAAUAUACAAUUAAAAUUGUAAAAUAAGCCCUUGAAAACAGAAAAAAAUGGAUUAAUGUCGAGAUAUCCGUAAAAAUGCACUAAAAAAGUUUCAUUUUUUAAAUCGUUAUGUCAUGAAACACAUUUUGUGCUCACUUAGCAUGUCAUACGAUCAACCAGAAUAAAUAUACAAAUGCAUACAAAUCUGCGCUCUAAAAUAAUAUUAAUACAUAAAAUAUACAGUUAUUAUGUUUAGGUGUAAAUUAAUUUAAAAUGUUUAUGUACUAGGUGAUUUGAAAUUAGCGUGAUAAAUUAAUAUUUUGGUAUUACAUCACGUUUCAACAAAUUUAAUUACAUUCCUCUCUGCGCUCAAAAUCUAAAAAAAAAAAAACACGGUUUUUGUUUGUUAAAUUGUAUACCUAUACAAGACGUGAGGUAUUCAAAAAUAAUAUAAUAAUAAAACGAUACGUUUUUUAGGUACUCAUUAAAUACGUAAUAUUUUUGUUUGGUUCAUUUAUACAUUUAAACUUAAUAGGUAUCAUAUCUACGCUGUAUUCUGUAUACUCAUUAAUGUCGCAAAAUAAAUAUAGAUUUUAUUGUAUUAUAUUUAAUAUACAUAUAUAUAAAUAUAUAGUAAUGAAACUAUGUGGUUUUUUUUUUUUUUAUUUUCAUUUUAGGUACAAUGAUUACUGUAAUGUUUUUGUUGAGUAUGUUACAUACCGUAUUGGCCGUCACCGCAUACGAAGAAGCGGAAAAACAAUUUUUAACUAAAUUAGGUAAAUUUAUGUCCAAUACAUAGAAUGAUUUAAGGGGUCAAUGGAUAAAUGUGUGAACUUAAAUUUUUUGAAAUUGGUAUUGUUUUAUAAAUCGACUUGUUUUGACGUAGCACAGAGUACAGACGCAUACAAAAUCUCGAAGCAAAAACUAUAGUAUAUUAACACCGAUCAGCAUUUAUAUGGUAGCAUUAAUUAGUAUUUUAUUACCGAUUACUAUUCGUCAUUUUUUUUUAUGUGUAUAGGUGUUAUAAUAAUUUUUCGUUUAAUAUCAUCCACUUGAACAAUUUUAAAAAUGUUAGUUAUUUCCUUUACCCAUUGACCCCUUCCAUUCAAUUGGCAAAAUAUUUUUAUUUUUUUUUCAUUAUUUUGGUUUUGAUUUUUGCUUCGUUUUGUUUGCUUUAGGUCUAAGCCGAAAACCGAUUGUAAAUAAAAAUGUCGACAUACCUUGUGCGACGAUGGAAUUAUAUAAAUCGAUGUCGGAAAAAAAUACUGCAAAGACCAAUUUUCCACUUCCGGGUUUGCACACAAAAUCGGCCAAUACUGCUAGAACGUAUACCAACACAGGUAACUGCAACAUACGAUUUAUAAAAACUAAUCACAUUUUUUUUAUAUUACACACAAUAUACACAGCUUUUUAAAAACAAUAAUUAUAAGUACGUUACAAUGACAGAUUUGAGAGGGGCAUUUGAUGACCAUCCUCUUUGGAAUUUUCAGAAAACCCAAAGCCGUAGCUAGGGAAAUGAUUCAGUGGUGUACGUUUAAACGUAAAAAAUAUUUAUGUAUAAUAUUUAUUUAUAUUAAAUACAUUUUAGACCCUCCCUCUAAAAUUUGUUUUCAAUAAAAUAUUAUCAUAUUAAUUUACCACCACAACCCCCCCCCCCUGGAUUCAAAUCAGACCAGAGUGGUUUCAAAAAGCGAUUUAUACGAUAUUAUUUCAUUAUAAUCAAUGCUGGAUACUAAACUCAUUAUUAACUAAUCAUUAAAUUGAAAAGUCACUUUUGUAAAUACCUUUGAUCUUAUUCAGUCAGUUUAAAUUCUAAAUAACUUUCGAACCUAAUAUGGUGUACCUUAAAUAUUCUAUUAUCUAAAACAUUUAAAAUAAAUAAUAGAUAAUACCUAUCAAUUUUUUUUUUCAAAAUCUAUAUUUUAAAUACCUAUUAUAAUAUUAUCAAUGGAAUUUAUAAACUACUGAGCCCAUUACUUGUGCUAAUUUUUUAUUAAAAAUGUUCUAGUGUGUCCAAAGACCUAGGUUUAUGAGUGUAUUCAUUCGUAUCACCACAGAUACCCGUACAACACAGGGGUUAUACUAUAUAUUCACUAUAAUAACGCUAAAAUCAUGAGAACAUAUAACAGUAAUGUAGUGUUGUACUGUACAAAAAAACAUAAAGAUUAAAAAAUUACAUUUUACGUGUUUUCAGUUUUCACUUAUCCACCCAGUACAGUGCAUAGUUUUGUUUUUUUCACCCAUGUUACUUAGGUAGCCCAGCCUAUUUCAAGCUAACCUAACCGGUAGACAGUUAGAUAGACUUUUUAUAUUAAGUUGUUAUAGUUGUUAUGAAAUUUUUAUUUCUGUUUACUAUUUAUUCUUUUUGUUUUUAUUUUUUUUAUUAGUCCGUGUUACUAAGGUCAUCUAUAAUUUAACAAAAAUAAUUUAAUUUCCGUACCAAAAAUACUUAAAAACCUUUCAUUCCCUUCAAGUUUUAUUCUCGCGACAAAAAAUAAUGUUUGUUUUUCUCCAAAGUACCGUCUAUCAAAAUUCAUCAAAAUUGAUUCAACAGUUUAAGCGUAAAAACAUAACAGAUAGACUUACUAUUACAUUUGUAAUAUUAAAAUAGAAUCAAUAAUAUUUAUUUUGAAUUAUCUAAUACGUAAUAUUACUGCAUCAAAAAAAAAAAACGUUAUAAUUAAUCAGUGGUACGUUAUUAUGUUUGUAUUUGUUUCAAUAAUUUAGUUUUAUUUUUGAACGACUAGAUUUUUAGGUUAGUGACGUUACAUAAAAUCUAACUUAAAUUAUGAUUUUCACCGAACAACUUAUAACCCUAAUUUAACUAAGUUUGAAAUUUCGCAAAUUAAAAAAACAACUACCAACCUUGAUUGGUUUUUUUAUAAUUCUCAACUAAACUUAACUUUAAUAUAAAUAAUAAUUGUCGAUAAGUGACCUGCCCAACUUUGGUUAUAAAUUAUAAUACAUAUAAUGGUUUAAAAAUUAUUUUAAUUGUAUGCGGUUUUCCUAAAAAUAUAAAUACGAGUUCCCAAAAUAAUAUAGGUAUGAUAAUUUCUUAUCGUAAGAUUUUUAAAUUAUAUUUUUGAAUAUAGGAUCUCCUCCGAUUAAUUCAAAAUCUCAAAGGUACCGACUACAGUUCGACAUACAACCUUUGCCGGAACGAGAACAAGUUACGGCUGCCGAAGUCCGUAUUACAAUGUUUUACAAAGCCCGAUUGGAAGACGACGAAUUUAUCCACGUCCUUGUACACGAUAUCAUUGAACCGGGCAUAAAAGGCUUUUCAAAACCUAUACUUAGGUAAGUAAUUAUAUUAUAAUAACAAGAAUAAUACGAAUCAAUGAUGUUAUAGGUAAUACUUAUAUUUUUUCUAAUAAAUCCGUAUUAUUUGUUAGGCUAAUAGAUUCGAAAUCGAUAAACAGAUCGACCGCUUUAAAAUCCGAAGUGAUCAGUUUUGACGUGACGCCCGCCAUUGAAAGGCUAUCGGAGAAAAAUUUUGACGGAAAUCACGGUAUAAUAGUUCAAUGCGUGAUCACGUCUGGUGGUCAAACGCAUAUAAUGGACGUGUUUGAUUUUGAAUCGUCCGAAAAGGCGUUACUGAUAGUCUACACCGACGACGGAACAAGUAAGAAUGAUUAUAUUAUGAAUUUGAAUAUAACUUUGAUUGCUACUUAUUGUAUUAACUGUUUAGGUUUAAUAAACAAACAAUAAUAUUGUUAUCUUAAGUGACGUAUUUAAGAUAUUAAAAUUUUUUUUUUUUUUUUGAAAGAGGGGGGAAUAUUCUGAAAAUAUUUUCCCACAAAUAUUAUGAUAGAUUGAUCAUAAACUCAUGAUGAGUAUCAUCUGCCUCACACACUCAUCAAGACAGGGGGAUUAGCUUUCAGGACACCCCUACCCAAAAUACGCCACUGAUUAUAUUCAAUUCACAUAAUAUUAUAUAUAUAAAAAAAAACAACCUCAAUAACAAAUAAUAUCUUUCCUUGUCUUCAUCGUAGUAGCAUUUUCCGUCUCUGUAGUCUUUCUUCCUCGCAAUACAGGAAACAUGUGUUCACGUAAACAUACGCAAAUAUCAUUAAAAUAUAAAUAUUUUUGAAAAUAACCUCAUAGACGUUUUUAAAAUAUCGAUUACCAAUUAAAUAGUUGGGUUAAUAAAAUAUACAUAAAUAAUACGAGUUUUUGUAUCUUCGAUAAGUUAGUUAAACAUUUUAGAGAAACGCUUAUGAGGUUAUCUUCGAAAUUUCAUCAUCUACAUAUUUCAUAAUAAUAGGCGUUUUAUCUUUAAAAUCGAUUUCGUUAUACAUGUUAUACAUUUUAUACGUGAGCACAUGUUUGCUAAGCUUCUUUUUUUCUCCGAAACACUGAAAAAAAAAUCCUUUCAAUAAAAUUAAAUCUACAUUUUGUUACACAAUAAAUAAAUCGAAGCACCCAAUAAACCCCUUUCCGACAAAACCAAAAUCUUCUAAAUCAAUUCACUCUACCAGACACAUGCGAGUUUUUCCUGUAAAGUAAAUGUUUUGAGCGCGAAAUAACUGUUUAUAGACUGCCAAGACUCGCUAAUUGUAAUUUUUAACAAUUCCUAACAAUUUGUAAAAGACCACCAACCAUAUUAUUCCCAAACCUAUAUAAUAUAUUUGAAUAUUAUUUAUUUUGUAUUUGUAUUAAUCGUUUCAGUCGAGAAAAACGCGAACAAUAUGAUGGAACGGUACAGGACCAAGAGAUCGGCAGACGACGAGCCGACGAAAACGGUGACGUCGAAAAAAUCCAUACCGAAAAUAUGUCAGAGACAUCCGCUGUGGGUCGAUUUCCAAUCGAUAGGUUUCACCGAUUGGAUCCAAGCGCCCCAGGGAUACGCCGCGUACUACUGUUACGGUGCGUGCAAGUAUCCGUUGGCCGAGCACAUGAACGCGACCAACCACGCGGUCAUGCAGACGUUUAUGAACCACCUCAAUCCGACGUCCGUCACCAAAUCGUGUUGCGUGCCCACCAAACUCGGGCCGCAGACGUUACUCUACUUGGACGACGAGGGCAAAUUGGUCGUGAAAACGUACCCGGACAUGACCGUGGAAGAGUGCGGCUGUAGAUAAG